AUGCGGAAGCAUAUUGGCAACCCUCGUGGAAAAUUUGCCUUUUCCAUCUACGACUUCGACGGAAAUGACACCAUGGAUGCCUUUUACCUCGGCGAUUGUUUGCGGGCCUUGAAUCUCAACCCGACGGUCGCCAUGGUGGAGAAAAUGGGUGGCACUAAAUUGCGCAAGCAAAAAGUCUUCAAACCGGAGGAAUUCUUGCCAAUCUUCGCCGAGGUGAAGAAUUCCAAGGACGAAGGGAACAUUGACGACUUUUUGGAAGUGCUCAAAUUGUACGACAAACGUGACGAUGGCACCAUGAUUUUCGAUGAACUGAAACACAUCCUUAUGGCUAUCGGUGAGUAUCAUUAUUUUUCACAUACAUUGCCUGGAAAGAUGGCCGAUGGAAUCAACGAUCAGCGAUUAAGAUUAUAA